UAUUGUUAAAGCAUUUCAAAAAUUGGAACAGCUCGCUCGUACACCGACCUCCAACAAUCGACUGUGCACGUAAUCCAUAAACAAAUGGACAGCGCAUUCCACUCCGCCAUGCCAUCAAUGCACGGCAAUCAUAUAAGAGAAAGAAAGAAGAAAUGACGACGAGAGAAAAGAGGGAAAGAACAUAAAGGGGGUAAUCAUUGACGUAUGAAACCAAAUACUAUAUUUCCCCCACGUUCUCUUUUCUCUUUUGCUCUAUAUCGUACCCCUGACCUCUUUCUUUAAGAGCUGUCCAUUAGUUUAUGGGUCUACCACCACUGAGGUAUCAUAGUCCGCGAUGUAAACAAACAAAUUUUCAUACGAAAUACAAUUAAAAACGAUUAAAAUAUAUACUGCAACUACCGUUUUGUAUUACAAACCUUAUUCGAAUGUCGGCAAUUGGUGACACGAGAGAAUUAUGUGAUAGAGACCAUGACCUUAAUAUUCAGUUAUCCAUCAAUCAUCAGUCAUCAACUACCUGCUGCAGACCGACUACAAUCCCGAUUUUCUGGAACGGUUUCCACACACACACUUUUCCGUGCACAUUUUUGACUACGUAGCGUCCGACAUGUCUAUAGCCAAAUUCUUGGAUGGCUUACCAUCGUAUGACAAACGCAAUUUUUCCAGUUUCAUUUCAAAAAGUUGUGGAAAUAGGUCUUCACCAGUUUACAUAACAACAAAAGAUAAACCUUCCGAACAAAUUAUUGUUAAUGACAACUCACAUGUGUUACUCCAGUGCGUACAUAAACAAUGGGAUAAAAAGAAUGGAUGUAAAAAAAGGGCAUUGGUUGAAACGAGUGAAGAAUCUGGCUCAACAUCUAGAAAACGUCCAAGAUUAGAUAUAGAUAUUACAUUGUAAAAUGUAUGGCGAUAAAAUAAUUCCAAUGCAAUUCCAAGCAUUUUUAAUGUUUCUUGACUAAAACUCCUGAUUUGACUGUUUUUAAGAGAAAUAAAAUUUGCUAAUUUAAGGAUGUAUUUUAUAGUCCAUACU